GUACUUUAUCUGUGUGCAGGAAUUGGCACCUACAUUCACCUCAGAAUGAAUCCAAAGUUCUGGCUGGCAACCAUGUUUCUGAUGUCCCGGAUUGGUGUACUCAACGCCAACAGCCAGUGUCAUUUGAUGGAAAGCUCCAUUGGCGGAAUGUACUUGAGAGGUCACGUGUUUAAAACGUAUCGCGAUCAGUUGCCUAAAGAGUGUUAUUUCCGAUGUGAAGAAGAAGUCACGUGUCAGAGUUACAAUGUCGUCAUUGGUCAAAACAUCUGUGAAUUGAACAACCGUACAAAGGAAGCACGGCCGGAAGAUUUUAUGCCGGAUCAGAUGAGAUUUUACAUGAAGCGUUCUAGAAACAGAGGUACCCUUUACGUUCCCUCGACUAACUUUUUGCAUUUCUGGGCAAACUUGUUUUUUGAAUUUUUCGUUCACGAUUUAAGAAACUCAAAUAUCAGAGAAACAAAAUUUAUAGAUUCAGAUAUAUUCCUAUGGCGAGCCUUUUGAUGAUUCAAUUUCGGGGAUUGUUUCAAUAUUGGUAAAGCAUUUCAAAAUACAUAGACAAGUCCAAAUAACAGAAACGACGUUUUGGAAUCAUCGUCUCAUCAACUUCAUCGUGGGACUUAAUUAUGAAGUCAAGCAACUCUUUUCCUUAGUCAACUUGAAAAUUGUUUAACGAUGAUAUGGAAAUGUUGGCCUAUUUCGCUGCGUUAUUGUUGCUGUGUUCCAUCUCACUUCUUAGUCUAGAUCUGAUAGAAUUAGCACAGAUUUAUUUCUUUCUGCUUUUACGCAGGCAGGAAAGGUUGGAAAUUUUUUUUCCUAUCCUGUCGCAUCAGGAGGUAUCGAACUGUAUGAUGGUGUAAACUUCUUACAUAAAAUUCGUUUUUUUCUGACGUAGUUCUCCUCGGAUCCAUCAAAGAACUUCCGGCGAAAACCUGUGGUGAGAUUGAAGCGAGUGAAGGGAACCAGAUGGCUGACGGGAAAUACUGGAUUUACUCUGACGAGAAUAGCGAGGUCAUCGAGGCCUAUUGUAAAGGUAAAUUGUUUGACUAAAUUAGUAGACUCGUCAUCACCCCACUGCCUGCUUAACGUGUUCUCCUACUCCGACUCCUUAAUUAAACUUACCAAAAUAAUAUCUCGUCGCAGUGUUUCUGCAAAAAAGGGGAAUUAUAGACAAGAAAGAGUUUGUUUUCAGUAAUUGAAAUAGAACUACAAACUCCGAGAAGAAGAUUAGUCAAUGACAUGAAUCGUUCUUUCCCUUAUACAAAAUUGUUUUAAUGGCGAAUGGGAAUAGAUUAAAACAACUAUCCAGAUCACGACACCGAAAAGAACAAUGGUUUACCUUUUUUAUCACUGGAAUUUAUCUUGCAAACGGCUGUCACCCUAGUACCAUUCGAAAAUGUGUUGGCUGAAAGUAGCUAUUUUUUAAAAAAAUAUAGUUUAAUUAACUUUAAAAACUAUCUACCUAUCCUAUAACUUUAUCUUAGAGAGCUGGCAAAAGAUAAAUGGUGAAGAACCCGUCUGCUUUGAAGCCAAAGAUAACAAAUAUGGUUCCUUCAACAUGACAAAGAGUGGAAGAGUGAAAACGAUGAAGCUUAUUCACACGUCAGGGUCGGUGCGCUGCAACGAUAAAACUAAUUCAUCCUACUGGGGCUGCACCUGGCCAACAUAUGGAGAAAAUUUGAUGACAAUCAUCACAGAUGCCAAUAAGGAGGCCAUUCUGCCCCCUGCCAAAUACUUGAAAGCUUUACCUUCCGGUGCUUUUGGAAACAAAACACACUAUUACACUCUUCCUGGAUAUCACCAUAACUCAACUGAGCUGGUUUUUCGCAACCUCGUCAAUCCAUUGUCUGUCUCGAGCAACCAAGAGAUGCAGAUAUGGUACGGACAGGAUUGGAUGGACGACGGAGAGGAAGACAACAGCGGUAAAACUUGUGUUGAUGUGUAUGCAUGGUAUGAGUGA